UGAAAUGUUUUGAAUUGAAAACUCGGGUUUUUAGAAUUGAUCUUUCAGUAUGUCGGCAAAUAAUACAUUUCGUUUAGAUUUAUUUGAAUCUGAAAUAGCACAUAUACUGAAAGAUUGCAAUUACAUCAAUUUACCUUUCGAAUUUUCUGGUGUUAUAGAUGAAGUGAAUACGUUACUUACCACUUGUGGAAAAGUGUUUUUUCAAAGAAAUAUUACUAUUAUGGAUUUUAUGCAGUGCAAGAAUGAUUUAAACAUUAUACUGGAUAUUACUUGGGAGCAAUUGAAUACUGGUCAUUGGAAAGAUGUAAAUCUAAACUGGCGUUAUGUCUAUACAUUAGCAUCUCUUUUCAAAGUUUUGUGUCUUCUUUCUCUCAAAGAUGUUGACAGAUUGGAUAUUAUUAAGAUUUGCGACAUGGGUUUACUAAUGGGUGCUCCAAUGAUGAAGAAUAUAUUGAGCAAAAUUGCUUCCAAAGUUUCUUCUAUGAUCGUAUUAGAAGGAAAUCAUGAUUUGCUAUCACAGGCUAAAAAAGUGAAGUUUUCUCCUGCAUCAGAAAAUGUACAGCUAAAAUAUAUCAUUAAAGAAGAAAGGAAUCUACCCCAAGAAGAAUUUUUAAAUAAUUAUUUGAAAAAAUCUUGCCCAGUUAUUUUAACUGAUAGUAUUGGGCAUUGGCCUGCUUUAUCAUCAAAAUGUUGGAGUGUCGAUUACAUUCUUGAGAAAGCAAGGUAUCGCACUGUUCCUAUUGAAAUUGGCUCAAAGUAUACAGAUGAUGACUGGACUCAAACAUUAAUGACUGUAGGGGAUUUUGUAGGAAAAUAUAUAAAACAUAAAUCAGACCAGAAAGAAAUUGGGUAUCUUGCACAGCAUAAUUUAUUUAAUCAAAUUCCUGAACUUUUUGAGGAUGUUGAAGUUCCUUCUUAUAUCACAAAUAAAGAUGAUGUUGACAUCAAUGUGUGGUUUGGUCCUGGUGGAACUGUUUCACCUCUGCAUUUUGACCCUAAGUAUAAUCUCUUGGCUCAGGUAAUUGGUGAAAAGUACAUAAGACUCUAUUCUGAAGAUCAAACAGAAAAUCUCUAUCCCAGACAUGAUACUUUGUUAAGUAACACAAGUCAUGUUGAUCCAGAGAACCCAGAUUUAGAUUCUUUUCCUUUAUUUGCUGAAGCUGCUUAUCAAGAAUGUGUAUUAAAACCUGGACAGAUGUUGUUCAUACCUCCAAAAUGUUGGCAUUAUGUUCGAUCACUAUCUACCAGUUUUUCUAUAAGUUUCUGGUGGUAAAGCCAUUUUCAUCAUGCAUCAUUUGUGAAUAUUUCAAGAUAAAAGAAUUUGUUGUGCUUUCAUGAAAAUGGAAUCACAUGUUUUUUUUAAUAUUUAUAUUAAACAGAAUUAUUGAUGUUA